AUGUACUUAUUAAAAUUCCAGGCGCAAGCAAAUGCUGGUGAUUGGCCCGUUGAGCUUACUGUGCAAGAGUGCCCAAGACUUUUGAAGAAAGAUAUGAAACAUCUCUUCCCCGGAAUGCAUUUCGAUAAUGUCAAUGUCAGUGUGAUCAACAUUACUCAAAAAACUGAACAUGAUAUGAAGGCAUGGAGUGAAGAAAUGGAGCAGGAGCGUGAGAUGCUCACGGCUUCGUUCAUCUCUUCUGCAACUGCAAUCUGUACGACUCUACGUCGCUGCGGAUACUGGGCUGACUUCAUAGACCCUUCUUCUGGUAGACCAUAUCUAGGAAAGUUCACCAAUCACACUCUUUUCGAAACAGAUGAUGCUUACAAACAAAUGGGCUUCCGCAUCGAGGAUCUAGGUUGCUGUAAGGUCCUCCAACAUGUUGUGUGGGGUACAAAUGCGUUUGUUGGAACGCUCUUCACUGAUGCUCCACCGGACUGCACCAUUGUCAAGGAUAUCGUGCGCAAGGUAAACACGGAUGAAGCUGUUGUGAAUCAGCAGAAGUAG